UGCGUGCGUGCGUGUGCGUGUGUGUGUGUGUGUGUAUGUUAUUAUUAUUGUUAAGGUUAACCAACAAGUUAGUUAAAUGCUUAAGAGCUGGCGUAUUUAGUUAAUUUUUUAAGUUAAGUGCAACGAACAGAAGCUACAGAUGCUGCGCCUACUCCUAGCCAAUUGCAGUCGCGGCGAUAUGCUCAGCCGCAGCCUGUUGCAGCCGCUGCCGCUGCCGCAGUCGCAGCUUGGUGCGCGCCUGCAGAACGCGAGUCGCCUGAUGCGCCAGCAUCAUCAGCACAUGUGGCGUUCACAUGGAGCGCCCAGCGGCAGCUGUCGGGCCAAGCUGCAGACGUGCCGGGCACUGCUGUGGGGCGGCGCUACUCUGGGCGUGGGCAUGGCCAUGCGCAGCUGUUGGACAUCGGGUUCGCUGGUCGCCCAAUGUGAGGGCAAUCGGCUGGCGGGCGUCAUACAGCACACACUGGAGCAGGAGGAUCAGAACUUUGAUUGGCGGCGUCUCUGGACAUAUCUGGAGCCGCACACCUGGGAGCUGAUAGGCGCCGUUCUGGCGGCGCUGAUUGUGGCCUUCAUCAAUAUACGCAUACCCAAUCUGCUGGGGGAUCUGGUGAAUACGCUGGCGCGCUAUGCGAACACGUACGUAAUGGAUCCGAUCAACAACUCCUUUGUCAAGGAUGUGAGCAAGCCGGCCAGCAAUUUGCUUAGCUUGUAUCUGCUGCAGUCGGGCUUCACCUUUGUGUAUAUCUAUUUGUUGAGUCGCGUGGGCGAGCAGAUGGCCGCCAGGAUGCGUCAGGAUCUGUUCAAGCAAAUCGUACUGCAGGACAUCUCGUUUUUCGACGAGAAUCGCACAGGCGAGCUUGUGAACCGCCUGACCGCCGAUGUGCAGGAUUUUAAGACCUCGUUCAAGCAAUUUGUCGCCCACGGCCUGCGCAGCUCCGCCCAGCUAAUCGGCGGCAGCGUCUCCCUGUUCAUGAUCUCGCCCCAUAUGGCCGCCAUUGCGCUGGCCAGUGUGCCGUGCGUGGUCAUGUUCAUGUCGUAUCUGGGACGCAAGCUGCGCGCGCUCAGCAAAAACUCACAGGCUCAGACGGAGCGCGCGACUGGCGUCUGCGAGGAGGCCUUGUCCAAUAUACGCACCGUGCGCUCCAGCGCCUGCGAGUAUCGGGAGAUGCAGCUGUUCGAGCAGGAAACAAACGAGGCGGCACGCCUGGCCCAGGAGCUGGGCUAUGGCAUCGCUGUCUUCCAGGGUCUGACCAAUUUUUUUCUGAACACCCUUGUGCUUUCCACGCUCUUCAUGGGCGGCCAUCUAAUGUCCACGGAAAGCCUAACGCCCGGCGCCCUAAUGGCAUUCCUGGUCGCCUCGCAGGGCGUGCAGCGCUCCCUGUCGCAGGGAUCCGUGCUGCUGGGCACCAUGAUACGCGGCAUGACCGCCGGCAGCCGGGUCUUUGAGUUUCUCUCGCUGCAGCCAAAGGUGGAGCUAUCGCGUGGCUAUAUCAUACCGCCGGAGCGUCUGCAUGGCGAGAUCCGCUUCGAGAAUGUCUCCUUUGCGUAUCCGAUGCGACCAGAUCAUAUCGUGCUGAAGGACUUCAGUCUGACGCUGCGUCCUGGCCAGACUGUGGCGCUGGUCGGCGCCAGCGGUUCGGGCAAAUCGACAAUAGCCGCACUACUCGAACGCUUCUAUGAGCCCACCUCCGGCAACAUCAAGCUGGAUGGCUAUAAGCUGUCGGACAUUUCGCCGUUUUGGCUGCGCGCCAAUGUUUUGGGCUUCAUCGAGCAGCAGCCCAUACUCUUUGGCACCAGCAUCCUGGAGAAUGUGCGCUAUGGCAAACCGGAUGCCAGCCAAACGGAUGUCUAUGUUGCCUCCAAGCUGGCCCAAUCCCAUGACUUUGUCACCGCCCUGCCAGAUGGCUAUAAUACGCAUGUGGGCGAGCGCGGCACCCAGCUGAGCGGCGGUCAGCGACAGCGCAUUGCCAUUGCCCGGGCGCUGGUCAAGAAUCCGCGCAUCCUCAUACUGGACGAGGCGACCAGUGCGCUGGAUGCCACCAGCGAGGCGGAGGUGCAAAAGGCACUCGACACUGCCGUACAGAAUCGCACCACAUUGGUCAUCGCGCACAGGCUGUCCACGAUACGCAAUGCGGAUCUGAUUGUGGUCAUGGAUCAGGGACGCGUGGUCGAGACGGGCAAGCAUGAUGAGCUGAUGGCGCGACGUGGACUGUACUUUGAGCUAGUGCGUCAGCAGGAGCGACGCGAGAUCCAGGACCAAGGCCAGGUCGUCGUGGAGGAGGAUAGCCUGCCACAGAAUACAGUACAAUAAUACGAGAUAAAUGAACAUAUUAACAUAUAGCGCAUAUAUGAUUCCCUGUACAUACAUUUUAUUUAUUUAAUUGUUGGCUCGCCUCAAGGAGAAUUUGUUAAAACUGAUUUGACAUAUAAUUUAGGUAAAUGGCACAGCUGUGGUGUUCAUGUUCAAAUAAACGCAAAACAAACACAUUGUUUUUUAUAUACAACAACAA